AUGAAUGUUAAUGAAAGUUGUUUUGGUUUAUUUAUUGAUGUUAAUAAUAAUCUUUAUUGUUCACUUAAAAAUCUUCAUCAAGUUGUUAAACUUUCACUUAAUAAUGGUACAACCAUUCCGACAAUCGCAGCCGGUAAUGGUUCUGCUGGAUCACUAUCAAAUAUGCUUAAUUCUCCUCAAGGAAUCUAUGUUGAUAGUAAUUUAAAUCUAUAUAUUGCAGACAGGGUGUGGGUGUGGGUGUGGGUGUGGGUGUGAGUGUCAGUGGGGGUGUGGGGGUGAGUGUGUGGGUGAGGGUGUGGGUGUGGUAUGAGUGUGGGUGUGAGUUAAAUGAAAGUAAAUACCCACACACACACCCACACCCACACCCACACCCUUUUUCUGUAUCAUACGCAAACAUCGUUGUAGUUUCAAUUUGUUACCAUUCUAGUACAAUGGAAUCCGAUUUCUCUUCGAUCGAAUACUUUUUAGACGCAUCGCACUCGCUAUAACCAUUCUCUCGAUUUAUAGUUUCUCGCAUCCAUUCGAUUGUUUCAUUGCGUUUCUUUUUCAUAAAGAAAAUCGCCUCGAGAUGCACUUUUUUGUCUAACAUUUUUGCUACCGUAAGUAUUAUUUCCCUUGAUCCAAGUUCAUCAUUGUAGCCCUUUAAUUGAAUUUCAAUUCGUUGAAUCGAUGGAAACCAUUUCAAUAAGAGAGAAAGUUUUCUUGGACAUAGUUCACAAUGAAUUCUUAUGAAUUGUACACUAUUGUGAGUAAAAUCUUCCCUACCAGCUGUUUCUAAAGUAUAUGAACGGG